AUGGGUAAUGCUGCUAUCCUACGCCUUUUCUCAUCGUCAUCGUACACACCAGCAACAUUAGGCGCAUUUACGUCCAAUGGCGACUUACGCAUUGGACUCGCAAUCAAGGGCAAUCAUCUCGACGUUAUCAAAUACCUCGUCCGUGAGAUGAAGGUUGACGUCAACACGGUGGACAUAAACGGAUGUACAGCACUUCACCUAGCCGCCAACCACGACAACGAGGAUGCGGCGAGGACUUUGCUCGACCUUAAUGCCGACACGACAGUUGUUAAUGUUGCUGGCCAAACGGCUUUUGAGUUUGCCGCGAGUUGCAAUCGCAGCUUUGCUGAUCAGUUGCAUCCCGUCAAGCACAUUGACGGCACUGACGCGUCGCAAAUGAGAAGCGAAAAGUCAGGUCUUGUGAGGCGGGUUCUCGAGUCAUUUCGACAGCUUACCAUCCAGGAACUCGCCCACCAGACUGGCCUGACCAGUGAGGAGGUCGAGAUCGCUUGGCGUGAUUGCGGCAUAGAAGCCAAGAUUUCGCAGGGUUGGGUGCGCUACAUGUCGAAGGCAGCACUGACGUGGCACUGUGAGAUACUCGACGGGCCCAGCUGGAGCACAUACUACCGCGUUUAUAGCGAAGUUGUACGCGCUUUGCGCACAAAUCAUACCUGGGAAGCCACAGGAAGAGCUGCAGGCGGCGCUGUAGGCGAAAUCGGCCCUGCUGGGAUUGCCGCUGGUGGGAUUGCCGAGGCAUUGGUGCUUUUGAAGCCUUAUAGAAACAAGGUAGCUUGUCAUUUGCGAGAGAACGUUUCUAUUGAGCAGUUGAUUGAAGUUUUCCACCUGUUGCGGUCCCCUGGCGGACGUUUUUAUAGAAGAGGCAUGGAGGAAAAGUGGCAUGACGAGAUGACACUGUUUUCCAAGUUUACAGCUGAUCAUCGUCUUUAG